AUGAAGUGGCAUUUUUCCCAAUUCAACACCAGUGUUGUUCGGGGCCAGACAUUCGCUUGUGAUGUUGGGAAGAGCCCUGCAGUGGCGGGUUAUGGGUUUUGUGACAAGUCUUUGGGGGUGGAAGCAAGGGUGAAGGACCUUGUGGGGAGGUUGACAUUGCAAGAGAAGAUAGGGAACUUGGUGAACUCUGCUGGGGAUGUGAGUAGGCUUGGGAUUCCAAGGUAUGAAUGGUGGUCCGAAGCACUUCAUGGAGUGUCCAACGUUGGCCUGGGGACGCGAUUCUCCAACGUGGUUCCUGGUGCAACCAGCUUUCCCAUGCCUAUUCUCACUGCUGCUUCUUUCAACACUUCAUUGUUUGAAGUCAUUGGAAGGGUGAGGCUUCUCCUCUUGUUACUUUUCUUGUGUAGCUUUCCCUUCUUUAUUGAAUGGAGGUUAGUGGUUUCAACGGAAGCAGGAGCAAUGUACAAUGUUGGCCUUGCUGGUUUUACAUAUUGGUCACCAAACAUUAACAUAUUCAGAGAUCCAAGAUGGGGAAGAGGUCUUGAAACACCAGGGGAAGAUCCUGUGCUCACUAGCAAAUAUGCAGCAGGCUAUGUCAAAGGUCUUCAACAAACUGACGGUGGGGACCCCAGCAAGCUCAAGGUUGCUGCUUGCUGCAAACACUAUACAGCCUAUGAUGUGGAUAAGUGGAAAGGAAUUCAGCGUUACACCUUCAAUGCUGUGCUGACAAAACAAGAUUUGGAGGACACAUUCCAACCACCAUUCAAGAGCUGUGUGAUUGAUGGCAAUGUUGCCAGUGUCAUGUGUUCCUACAACAAGGUUAAUGGAAAGCCAACUUGUGCAGACCCUGACCUCCUCAAGGGUGUUGUCCGGGGUGAAUGGAAACUAAAUGGAUAUAUGGUUUUUCACUGUGACUCGGUAGAAGUGCUUUACAAAUAUCAGCACUACACCAAGACUCCUGAAGAAGCUGCAGCUGUAACAUUCUAA